AUGCCUUCUCCACCGUCACUUGUCCUCCUGCUGCUGAUGCUGCUGGUGCCGGGAGCUGCGGCGAUGCAAGGCAGGGCUGGGCAGCCUGGGGAAGGCAGCACCCACCGUGCCCAGGGUGCAGAUGGAGGUAGGACUCUGCCGACGAUUUCCCGAGACAGUCCAGAGGUCCAGGUGAUGAAGGAGAGGCUGCGCCGCGGCACGGAGGAGGACUCCAAGUCGGUGCAGCAGUACGUGCCGGGGGUGCGGGUGGAGUUCCCGCGGCCCCUCAACUCUGCCAGCCUGCACCCAACCAAGGCCCUGCUGCCAUCCAGCACGGACCCAUCUGAGCAGCAACAGGGGGUCCCCACGGACGGGGAGGGGGCAGAGCCCCGAGCCAACCUCACCACCGUCUCUGACAAACGGUUGCAAAUCCAGAACCCCUUGUACCCAGUGACGGAGAACUCCUACAGCGCCUAUGCCGUGAUGUUCCUGUCCCUCAUCGUCUUUGCAGUGGGCAUCAUCGGAAACCUCUCCGUGAUGUGCAUUGUGUGGCACAACUACUACAUGAAGAGUGCCUGGAACUCCAUCCUGGCCAGCCUGGCUUUCUGGGACUUCCUCAUCCUCUUCUUCUGCCUGCCUGUGGUCAUCUUCAACGAGAUCACCAAGAAGAGGCUGCUGGGCGAUGUGUCCUGUCGCAUCGUGCCCUUCAUGGAGGUGUCAUCACUGGGAGUCACCACCUUCAGCCUCUGCGCUCUGGGCAUCGACAGGUUCCACGCGGCCACCAGCCCCCAGGCCAGCGCCCGGCCCAUCGAGCAGUGCCAGUCCAUCAUCGCCAAGCUUGCCGUCAUCUGGGUGGGCUCCAUGACGCUGUCGGUGCCAGAGAUCCUGCUCUGGCAGUUGGUGCAGGACACAUCACCCGUGUCUGGUGUGGUGACAGAGUAUUGCACCAUGAAGCCCUCAUCCAACCUGCCUGAGUCCGUCUACUCGCUGGUGCUCACCUACCAAAACGCUCGGAUGUGGUGGUACUUCGGUUGCUACUUCUGCUUGCCCAUCCUCUUCACUGUAAGCUGCCAGUUGGUGACCCGGAGGAUCAGCGGCACUAAGAAGACCGAGUGCCGAGGAACCAAGCACAGCCAGUGCGAGAGUCACUUGAACUGCACCAUCAUCGGGCUGACCAUCAUCUAUGGGCUCUGCACCACCCCUGAGAACGUCUGCAACAUAGUGGUGGCCUACAUGUCCCCCGACAUGUCCAAGCAGACCUUGGACCUGCUCAACCUCAUCAACCAGUUCUUCCUGUUCUUCAAGUGCUCGGUGACGCCCGUCCUGCUCCUGUGUCUCUGCAGACCCCUGGGCCAGGCGUUCAUGGACUGCUGCUGCUGCUGCUGUGAGGGCUGCAGCCCCGACACUGCCUCCAGCGAGGGCAGCGCCGAUAGCAAGCUCAAAACGGAGAUGUCCUCCUCCAUCUUCUUCGACAAGCCCCGGGAGUCCCCUCCGCCCCUCCUGGCCCUCGGCACGCCUUGCUAA